GGAGGCGGCUGAGCUGGGGGCGUCGUUGGGCCAUCAGGCCAGCGCCCGGCCCGCAACAUGAGGUUCCGGUUCUGUGGUGACCUGGACUGUCCAGAUUGGGUCCUAGCAGAGAUCAGCACAUUGGCCAAGAUUUCUUCCGUCAAGCUGAAGCUGAUCUGCAGCCAGGUUCUGAAGGACCUUCUGGGGCAGGGGAUUGACUUUGAGAAAAUUCUGAAACUUACAGCCGAUGCCAAGUUUGAGUCUGGUGACGUCAAGGCCACCGUCGCGGUGCUCAGUUUUAUCAUCUCCAGCGCAGCCAAACACAAUGUGGACAGCGAGUCCCUCUCCAGUGAGCUACAGCAGCUGGGGCUCCCCAAAGAACACGCCUCCGGAUUGUGCCGUUCCUAUGAGGAGAAGCAGGGCCCUCUGCAGGAGAGCUUGAGGGGCAGCAGCCUGAGGCUGAGCAGACUAGAGAGUGUUGGCUGGCGUGUGGACUACACGGUGACCUCCAGCCAGCUCUGCCAUGUUCAUGAGCCAGAGGUGCACCUGAGGCUGGAUGUUCGGCAGGAGCCAGACGGUCCAGCAGAGCCCAUCGCCAUGACGCUGUCCGUGAAGAAGUUCCAAGUUCUGUUGUCAGAACUCAAACAAGCACAAGCCUUGAUGGGUUCCCUUGGCUGAGAGCUGACUGACAUCAAGAAAAGGAAGUCAAGGAGGCUGGCUCAGCUCAGACCUAUGUGAUCCCUAAACCUCGCUGGGCAGACUCCCUUCAAUAUUUGGGCUGAUGCCCCUUCCCUCUGUCUACAGCACCCAUUCAACUCUCUUCCAGGCCUGGAUAUGUUUGGUCCCCAUCUUUCAGAGCUGCUUAGCCCCAAGGAGCUCAGCAAAAGGACCUGGUUGGGUUGAGGAUUCCUUAAGGUGCCUUCCUGUCAUCUACCCUCACCACCAGCUUGCCCUAGUUUUGUACCUUUUUGUUUUGUUUUUAAAUAUAAACUCAUCUGUAAAAUUUUAUUUUUCCUAAUUUUGUACCUUUUUACUGGGAGUUGGAAGGAAUAAAUAUUGUCAUUGAGGCCAU